UGCUGUUGUAAUUUUGUAAACAAUCGCUUUUCGUAUUCACUUAGAAAUUUCAAUAAUUUUAAAAGAAAAUAGCGAGAAAUACAAUCUACGUUUUUUAGUUUUAGGUCCGUGCUUUAUAUUUAGAUGACACUUGGACGUAAAUACCAGCAAUCUUACGGGAAUGCUGGGGACCCUCGUAAGGUCUAUGCUAGCCAGUCGAAGGUCGGGUCUCUCUCGGGGUGCUCAUCUUCAGUAUCCCUCUGCGACAUGAUCGAGCCGCCGGACUAUGAGGAGGUGUGCGAGCGGCUGGUGGGCGCGCGCGACCCGCUGGCGUACCCUCAGCAGGAUCUGGAGCUGGCCACCGUGCCGCGCCGCAUCCGCACACUCAAGCAUGUCCUGCCACAGGAGGACUUGAGUAAAGCACCAAUGUUCGUCCGCGACUGCAUCCGGACAUACACCUCAGACUACACGGUAGUGGAGUAUGCGCACAGACAGUACUCGGGCUCGGUGUGCGGCCGCGAGCGGCUCGGCGAGCGACUCGACAAGCUGCACGCCGCGCCCAAACACCACUACGAGGUGGACGCAGAGCCGCAGCUAAUGGACGAACUCACUACUCAGCAGACGGAGUCUCAGUCUCAGCCGUCAAGCGGUCGCCAAUCCGUAGCGUCCAUGUCUUCAUCUUCCUCCUGCAACGAGACACUCACUCCUCGAGGGUCCUGGGCCAGUCUUGACCUGCGCAGUUCAUCAUCAGACCCGCUGCUGCCUGACAUCUUCGAAAGGAAGCCGCCUGAGCAACUCGACGCUAUCAAUGAGGCUAAGAGGCUGGAGAACCGCCAAGCAGACCUACUUGGCCUCUACACGCCGUAUCUGGAUGAGGAGGAGGCGGUGGAGCGGCGUCUCCCGGCAGAUAUGCCCGGGGAAGUACUAGGGCAUCGGAUCCUGGUCGUCUGUCACCAGCUUAAAUUAGAACUGGACGUGGAGCCACUCUUCGCGUCAAUGGCUCUCUACGACGCUAAAGAAAAGAAAAAAAUAUCAGAAAACUUCUACUUCAACCUCAACUCAGAAUGUACGAGACAGAUGCUAUCGGCUCAUAUACCUCAUGCUGACUUAUCCACGUUGAGUCGCAGUGCCGUGUUCGACAUACACAACCCGACCCCGGAUAUAUUUCUGGUUGUCCGGGUAGAAAAAGUGCUCCAGGGAGAUGUCAAUGAGUGUGUUGAGCCUUACAUCAAGGAUGAUAAGAACCGCGAAAAAGUCCGCGCAGGCGCACAAGCAGCUUGCUCUCGGCUCGGCAAAUACCGCAUGCCGCUAGCUUGGUCGUGUGUCUCGUUGAUGAACAUACUCAGCGGCUCCAACAGCCUGGAGCGCGAACACUCUGACACCCUGGCUCCUGGCUCCAACACUAAUAGUCUCGACCGCAAGGCGUCGUCCAGCUCGCUGGAGCAGCUGCGGCGGCGCGCGGGCGAGGUGGGCGGGUCGCUGACGCGCAAGGGCUCCAUGGAGCGCCGCGCCGCGCCGGCGCAGCCCGCCGACGAGGUGGCCGCCAUGCUCGACACCUUCAAGCCCAUCGUUAUUACCGUCACUAGCUUCUUUAAACAGGAGACCGACAAGCUCCGUGAUGAGGACCUCUACAAGUUCUUAGCAGAGAUUAAGCGGCCCAGCUCGGCUCCUAAGAAACUGAAAUGCAUCCCUGGUACCUUGAAGAUAGAAGUGUGUCCCUGUCCUGAGGAGCUCAAGAAUGGUCUGACGCCGGAGUUAGCUAAACUCGCUCCGUACGGCGAUGACAACGUCCGUCCGUGCAAGGAAAUCCUUCCGUUCCCUCUGCACCCUCCGUUAGUGCCUCACUAUCAGUACCGCAACCUUCUCUACGUGAACGUGAAGGAAAUCAACCUCAAUGCUUACACUUCCCGGACCGGCUCUGCUAGGAACAUCACGGUCCGUAUUCAGCUAAUGGCAGGUGAAGACCAGUCGCUAGCGCUACCAGCUAUAUUUGGACGCAGUUCCUGUCCAGAGUUCACCACUGAAGCGUACACCACAGUGCUUUAUCACAAUAAGAACCCGUCUCUCUAUGACGAAAUAAAGCUGCUGCUGCCAGCGACUCUGGGCGACCAGCACCACCUGCUGUUCACGCUGCUGCAUGUGUCCUGCCAGCGCAAACCAGUCGCUCCUGACCAGGAGAAGAGUGUCGAGACCGUACUCGGGUACUCGUGGUUACCUCUAUGCCGCAACGGGAAGCUGACGUGCGGCGAGUUUGGCCUUCCAGUUAUGACCGAGGAGCCUCCAGCCAACUACUCCUACAUCUUCCCAGACGUGCAGCUGCCCGGCACCCGCUGGAUCGACAACCAUAAGCCUAUAUUUACGCUCACUGUCGAGCCGCACACCACUGUGCAUCCACUGGACGGAUACAUCGAACGUUUUUCCAUGGCGUGCGAAGCGGUACAGGAAGGGAAUAUACCUCCGAGGAUUGGUCUAGCCAAUAUGGAAGCCGAACUUCGUGCAAGCAUAACAGAGCUGCCGACAGCCAACGUGGAAGUUCUAGCGCGCUACCUGCCGGCCGUGGCGGACAAGCUGCUGCAGCUGCUGGUGGCGGCGCCCACGCUGGCGGGGCAGCCGCUGCACGUGGCGCAGGACGUAUUCACGUGCCUCGCCCACGUCUUCCAGGAGAUCACUAACAUGAACGAAGGCGCGACCUGCGACGCCCACGGACGGAGCAGCCUCAUCUCCACAUACAUACAGUACCAGUGCAGCAUCCCCCGACCCUCGCUCACUGACCGAGACAUCGGCCUGCCGCUACCACCUGCAGUGAUGAGUGACGGAUCGUGCAAGAUCCUCCACGAAGAGCUAGCUCUACAAUGGGUGGUGGCCAGUGGCGCGACUAAAGACCUCGCCAUGCAGAAUUCUUGGGCACUAUUCGAGCUGAUGACCAAGUCGAUGGUGGAGUACCUGUACUGGAGCGGUGCGCACGAGGCACCGCGCAAGUCACGCUUCCCAGAACAGUUCACUGACGACAUCACUACACUUGUCAAUAACGUCACCUCUGAAAUCAUAUCUAGAUACGGGAAAGAGAGCCGCUUGACAGCGAGCCUGAACAACAGCCUUGCCUUCUUCCUGUUCGAGCUGCUAAGCAUCAUGGACCGCGGCUACGUGUUCAACCUUAUCCGCAGUUAUUAUAAGCAGAUGUGCGCCAAGAUCGCCUCGCUGCCCAGUGCCGUGCAGCUGGUACACUACAAGCUAGCGUUCCUGCGCAUCAUCUGCUCGCACGAGCACUACGUGUCGCUGAACCUGCCGCCCGCGCCCCCGGGCGGCGCAGCCAGCCCGGCGCCGUCGCUGCAGUCGGCGCACAGCGUGUCCAGCGCCUCGCCGCCGCACCUGCUGAGCCACGAGUUCCGCUGCCGCCACUACCUCACCGGCCUGCUGCUCACCGAGCUCACCAAUGCCCUGGAACUACAGAGUCCAGUCCUGCAAUGCGCUGCUGUGAACGCAGUCCUCUCGCUGCUGACGGCGCACGACGCGGACCCCCGCCUGGCGCAGCCCGAGCUGAAGGCCCGCGUGGCCGCCCUCUACCUCCCCCUGCUGGGCAUCGUGCUCGACAAGCAGCCGCAGCUCUACCGCGGGUUUACCAACACCAGAGAAAUUCCUCCAAUGGACAAUGAGGUGGGGCAAUUAGGCAAUCUAUACACUACAGCUUCGCCGGAAGGAGACUUCAAACAGUGCGGCAGGCCGCCGUUCAACAGCGAGACGAGCCGCAACCUGGUGAUGUGCCUGGUGUGGGUACUCAAGUGGUCGGAGCGCGGCGGCCUGGCCGGCGCGGCCGCCGACCUGCCGCCGGCGCGGGCGCACGGGCUGCUGCUGCUGCUGGACCUCGCCUUCAAGUGCCACGAGUACAAGGGUCAAAAGGAGAUAAUGAAGUGCGCCCAGCAGAACGUGCGCAAGACGACAGACAUCAAGUCCAAGUUGGAAGACGUCAUAUUGGGGCAGGGCUCCGCUAGGUCAGACUUCAUUAUGCGGAGGAAGGGGGCAUCUAACGUGGGCGGCGGCAAGCGUGAGCGCUGGCGCAAGGACUGGGUCCGCGGCGGCGGGCGGGACGCGCCCACCUCGCCGGCGCGGCUGCCCGACGCGCUGCCCGCCCUGCUGGCCGCCGAGGUCGCGCUCACCCUGCUGCACGCGCUCGAGACCAUCGUGCAGGCGUGCAGUAACCAGGAGCACGGGCAGAGUAUCUGCAAUACGGCGCUGCAGGUGUUGCUGCGAGCCCUGCAACGGAACCAGAGCACCACCGUGCUCCAGCACAUGUUCGCAUCUGUCAGGACACUCAUUGUUAAGCUGGGCUGGUCGUGCUGCGGCGAGGAGUCAGGCAUCUGCCGCGUGCUGCUGCGGCACUGCGCCGCGCCCGCCGCCACUACGCGGGCGCAUGCUUCUGCCACGCUGUACGCGCUCAUGAGGCAGCACUAUCAGCUGGGUAAUAACUUCAGCCGCGUCAAGAUGCAAGUGACGAUGUCUCUGUCCUCCCUUGUGGGCACGUCCACCACGUUCAGCGAGGAGUCGCUGCGGCGCGCGCUCAAGACCGUGCUGCUGUACGCCGAGCACGACGCCGAGCUGCAGGGGACGUCCUUCCCAGAACAAGUAAAAGACCUGGUAUUCAACCUGCACAUGAUCCUCUCCGACACGGUGAAGAUGAAGGAGUUCCAAGAAGACCCGGAGAUGCUGCUCGACCUGAUGCACCGCAUCGCGCGCGGCUACCAGCACAGCCCCGACCUCAGGCUCACCUGGCUCAACAACAUGGCGCAGAAACAUAUGGAGCGCUCCAACCACACGGAGGCGGGCAUGUGCCUGUGCCACGGCGCGGCGCUGGUGGCCGAGCAGCUGUGCGCGGCGGGCCGCGGGGCGCAGCUGCUGCAGCGCGUCACGCACAACGCGCUGGACGAGAGCUGCGCCGACACGCUGCACCACCACCUCACGCACCUCGAGCUGCAGGCGCUACUGGAGCACGCGGCCAGCGAGUUGAUGACAGCUGGCAUGUAUGAGACGGUCAACGAGGUGUACAAGGUGCUGAUACCCAUAGCCGAAGAGCACCGUGACUACAAGAAGCUCGCCAACAUACACAGCAAACUAAACGAAGCGUUCACCCGCGUCGAGCAGCUGCACGGCAAGCGCGUGUUCGGGACGUACUUCCGCGUGUCGUUCUAUGGCGGCCGCUUCGGGGACCUCGACGGCGAGGAGUUCGUGUACAAGGAACACGCGCUCACCAAGCUGCCCGAGAUAUUCAGCCGGCUUGAGAACUUCUACGGCCAGCGUUUCGGCGUGGAGAACGUGGUGAUCAUCAAGGACUCCAACAUAGUGGACGUGAGCACCCUGGACCCGGACAAGGCGUACAUACAGAUCACAUACGUCGAGCCAUACUUCGAGCCGCACGAGCUGCGCAAGCGCGUCACGCACUACGAGAGAAAUUACAACAUCAAGCGGUUCAUGUACGCGACCCCGUUCACCCUGGACGGGCGCGCCCACGGCGACAUCGCCGACCAGUGCAAGCGGAAAACCAUCCUCACCACCGCCCACCACUUCCCAUACGUCAAGACAAGGAUACAGGUGGUUCAGAGAACGCAGAUAAUUCUUUCGCCGAUAGAAGUCGCCAUUGAAGACAUACAGAAGAAGAUAAACGAGUUGGCAGCGGCGACGAGUCAAGAGCCCGCCGACCCCAAGAUGCUACAGAUGGUCGUACAGGGUUGCAUAGGGACCACAGUCAAUCAGGGACCGUUGGAGUUAGCUCAGGUGUUCCUGGCUCCAGUGGCGGAGGGUACGCAGCCGCCGACGCGUCUCACCAAUAAACUACGAUUGGCGUUCAAGGACUUCUCUAAAAAGUGCCAAGACGCGCUGAAGAAGAACAAGAACCUGAUCGGCAGUGACCAGCGCGAGUACCAGCGCGAGCUGGAGCGCAACCUGGCGCGGUUCACGGAGCGCCUGGCGCCGCUCGUGCAGCCCUCGCCCGGACACGUGGCGCAGCUCAGCAAUGGUGUUAGCAAACCAGACUUCAAAUUCCAAGCAUAGGGCACCUGUGGAGCAGAAUCUUAUAACAGAUACAAGGUUCCGAAGUUCUCGUGAAAUAGGAAUAUUUUACCCAAGAACUGGGGGGUUAAAAAGGUCAUAUAAAGAAGCAAUAUUGCUAUUUGAUAUUUGUUAACAUUGCGUACUUUUAUAUGCGCGCGAUCGAAUAUGCGCUAAUGUCAAAUUGCAUUUUUUUUUAAUGGGGAUAAAAACUAGAACACUGUUGAUUGUUCCUAAAUUUUGACAGUUCUCCAUACUGUCCAGCUAAAAUUCGUGAUAAAUUGCUAUGAAAUGUGGAACAACAUGGAGUGUAUGCCGACUGAAGGAUGAGUUACGGAAAAGAAAAGCCAUUAGUUGAAAAAAGACAGUUUUGAUUAAUAAUAAGUUUUUCUAAGUUUUCUUCUUUGCGAUCUUUAGAGAAUAAAUACAUAUAAUACUAUGAUUUUGCAGUUAAACGCUGCACAAAGGGUUAUAGUGUAAAAUAUAACGAAAAGAAUCUGUUUGUU